AUGCGCAAUGGUGACCAAUUCCCCAGCCGCUUUCUCGGGGUGCAGGAGGCGGCAAAUCUGCUAGUCAAUGCAAAGAUACAAACGAACGCUGAAAAUACGGUUGGGUUUCUGACGCUCGGGGGUAAUGCAUGCACGGUGUUUGAAACACUCACCCUAGAUGUGGAUCGGGUUAUGACAACCCUCGGCAAGAUUCCUAUCAGCGGGAAGCAAUGCCACUUCUCUAAAGGACUGCAGAUCGCGUCGCUUGCGUUGAGCCACCGCACCAACCCCCGGGCUGAGAAACGCAUUGUCGCGUUUAUCGGCUCACCUCUAAAAGAGACUGAUGAACAACUGGACAAACUGGCGCGCAAGCUCCGGAAAGAUGAUGUGGCAGUCGAUGUCGUUGCGGUUUGCGUUGAAUCGAAUGUCCCAAGGCUGGCUGCGUUUGUCGACAAGGUGAGUAAACAGGGGAACUCACGCUUCUUGAGCGUGACAGCGUCCGAUAACAUCACAGAUGUGCUGAUUUCGAAUCCCAUUAUGUUGGGCAACGACGCCGUUGCUGGCGCGCACGACGGUCAGAACGACUACCAGGGCUUCGGCAUCGACCCGUCGACGGACCCAGAGCUCGCCAUGGCGAUCCGCAUGUCCUUGGAAGAAGAAGAACAGCGGCGGGCGGCAGCGGCGACGCUGGCGGCACAGAGCACAGCGCCUGCCACCGAGGAAAAAAAGGACGCCGCCCCGAGCCGUCAAGAGAACCCUGUGGAUCUGGACAACAUGUCGGAGGAGGACUUGAUUGCACGCGCGUUGCAAAUGUCGUUGGAGGAGGCGAGAAAGGCGUCGCAGGGGGCCGCAGGGGCGGGCGCUGAGGCCGCCACUGACGACGAGCAGGCGUUUCUUCGUGAACUUGAAAGCGAACUAGAGAGACAAGAACACUCGCAGGGAGACAGCCACCACCCGAACGAGGAGGGGCCUAAAGAGGACAAAGAGAAGUGA